CAAUAAUAAAUGCUGUGCGGACUGUCGGACCAUGCUAUCCCACAAUCGCGUCCAGUGAGGGGUCUGUUCGCAGAUAACGGCUCAUCUGUUCAUCCUCAAAGCUGUGAGAAGGCUGGAAGUUGAAGGAACCAGGACCAUCAUGGCGCUCUUCAUCUACAGCUGCCUAGCCGGCGCCUUUGUGGUGUACUACAUCGGCCUGCUCGUCCAGCGAGUGUACUUUCAUCCUCUGUCCAAGUUCCCGGGUCCCAAGCUGGCGGCAGCAACGGGGUGGUACGAGGCAUACUUUGACCUUUUUGUGCGUCCUGGCGGCCAGUUCAUGGUGGAACUCCAGCACCUGCACCAAGUCUACGGCCCCAUUGUGCGAAUCAACCCGCAUGAGAUUCAUGUCGACGAUACGGCCUGGUUGGACACACUAUACACCGGUCCGGCAAAUGGCAUCAGGGACAAGUAUCCUCCUGCGGCCUAUCUGACUGGAACACCACGAGGAAUUUUUGGAACCAUUGCCUUUGACCUCCAUCGCAAGCGUCGCGGGGCGAUCAGCGCUCUUUUCUCCAAGGCGCAGGCCACGCAGGAGGAGCCCAUCAUCUACGACAAGUUGGAUCUUCUCAUCGAACGCGUCAAUACGCAAAUCGCCCGCGAUGGCUUCGCUGAGAUGCGCGCCAACUACCUGGCCUUCACAACCGACACCGUGGCAGAUUACUGCCUCGAAAAGUGCCUCAACCUUCUCCACGACGAGCAAAAGGCACUGGAAUGGCAAGAGACCAUCAGUGCCCUGGCCAACACGGCGCCCAUUGCCCGCCAGUGGAGCUGGGUGACGCCGCUGUCGUUGAGCAUGCCCAUCUGGCUGCUGAACAUUGGCGACCCCAAGCUCGCCCGUAUUGUUGGUCUGCACCGGACUAUGGAGUUCCAGGCCAAGGAGGCCAUCAAGGCGCACGAGAGUGGUGAGAAGAACGAUCCCAAAGCGAAGCGCAACAUUUUCAGGGCUAUUCUCGCCAACCCUUCCUUGCCGGACUUCGAAAAGGUCUACGACCGAAUCUCCCAAGAAGGUGUCGUGGCUAUUGCCGCUGGAGGCGAAACCACCGGCCGCGCCCUCGCUACUGCUACUUUUUUCCUGCUCGAGAACCGGACGACACUCCUCCCCCGGCUCCAGGAGGAGAUUAAGAGCGUCAUGCCCAAGGUCGACGACCGUCCUGCCGUCAAGGACCUCGAGAAGCUGCCCCUGCUCACAGCCAUCAUCAAGGAAACCCUGCGUCUCAACGGCCUCCUCACGUCAAGGUUCCCGCUCAUCUCGCCACAGCAGCCGCUCCAGUACAAGGACUGGGUCAUCCCCGCCGGCACACCCGUCAGCAUGACAUUGCGCGAUGUCCUCAACGAUCCCGAGGCGUUUGCGAACCCGAGGACCUUUGACCCGGACAGGUGGCUGAAUGCAGACAAGGAGAAGCUGGAGCAGAUGAACAGGAAUUUCGUGCCGUUUGGGCGGGGAAGCCGCAUGUGCCUGGGUACCCAUCUUGCGUGGGCGGAGAUGUACAUUGCUCUUGCAUCUAUCUUCCGGAGGACAAACUGGGAUCUUUAUGAUACCACGCGCGAGAAAGACAUUGAUAUCAUUCGCGAUUGCUUUAUUGGCGAGGUAGACAAGACCAGCAAGGGCGUUCGGGUUACGGCAGCACAGGGGUAGAUGCUCCAAGUCAUAUGUACGGAGUAUGACAUGGAGAUUAAUGCACGCCUGCUUCAAGUAAGGCAUGUGUAUCUAAAGUUUAGCCUUCUCUGGUAUCUCCGUCUUCGAGAAGCAAGCUAAUCAAUCCAUCGCUUCAUGGCCUAAGGCGGGAAUCUGGUGUGUACAUGUAUCCAUCCGCAUCGAGGGCCCUGGUCAGCUACAGAUGUAUUAUAUAUCCACACCAGUGCAAUGAUCAGGCACUUGACAUGUAAAUAGCACGCCCGCACGCACGUGUGCCGUCCAUCUAUGCGCUGAGACUCGAACGAGAAUCUCGAGCUCCGUGACAAAUCCGACUAU